CUAAUCCUUUCCCCGCAUUCUAAUUCUAACUCCUCCGCCUUUUGUCGCUGUCUGUACUGUUCUAAUUCACUCUUCUUAAACCCUAGUAGAGAAAUAAAACUAGGUCUUUUUCCCCAUUUUUCUUCGUCUUCUGCUUCAAGGUUUGGCUUCUCUGCGUCCCAUAAUCUCAGAAAAUGGGUGCUGAAAAAGUAGACGCAGUAGUGGUAGAUGCUACAAGAAGAAAGAAAAAGGAGAAAAAGAAGAUGCGACCAGCAUCUGAUUUAGAUGCUCCUACAAGCAUAGAAGAAACCUGUCAUGACGAUGUGAAAGGACCGGCAACAGAAGAGAAACUAGUUGCGGUAGUGGUAGAUGCUUCAAGAAAAAAGAAAAAGGAGAAAAAGAAGCGACCAGCAUCUGAUUUAGAUGCUCCUACAAACACAGAAGAAGCCUGUCAUGACGAUGAUAAAGGACCGACAAUAGAAGAGAAACUUGCGAGUAUAAACUUGACUAAUGACAAUAAAAGCAGCAUCACUGAAGACGAGGAGCCUUCUACAAUCACAACAGUCCCAAGUGCAGAUUCGGUUCACGUGUUGCUCAAGCAAGCAUUACAUGCUGAUGAUCGUGUGUUAUUGUUAGACUGCUUGUACACGCAAGAUGAAAAGGUUAUUGCAAAUUCGAUCUCCCUAUUGCAUCUGACAGAUGCUCUUAAACUCUUGGAUGCCUUGUUAGUGCUUACACAGUCAAGGGGUGCAGUGCUAUCUUGUGCUCUUCCUUGGCUAAAAAAUUUACUUCUUCAACAUUCAAGUAGCAUAACAUCAAAAGAAUCUUCCCUAAGGUCACUCAACUCUCUAUAUCAGCUUAUUGAAUCUCGAGUUUCAACAUUUCGACCAGCUCUUCAGUUAUCAAGUUGUUUGGAUUACCUUUUCACAGAAAUAUCAGAUGAUGCUGAUGAUGAGACAAUCAAGAUUACCCCCAUUAUUUAUGAAGAUUUUGAUGACAGUGAGUUAGACAAAUCUGAAGAUGAUGCCAUGGACAGCGAUCCAGAGACUGAAGAACAACAACAUGAACAGCAUGAGGAAGUUGAGUUCAGUGAUUAUGAUCAAAGCGAUGAGAUGAGCGAAGAUUGACACUGGUUGGAAAUGAAUAGUCCAUCUAGCUAAAAGUAAUUGUUGUAUUCAAUUGCACCAGUAUUCUGUGCCUGAAGUCUUUAAGAUUUGGUAUAACAGUUAUAAGCUUUUCCGUAAAAUUUGAUCUUAUGUAAGAGGGAAAUUAUCUUGACUGCCUUUUAGUAUCACUACCUAAAAAUUUACGUUCUCAAGAAAAAUACUAUCAGACUUCCGAACCUCUUGAUCAUAAUCAGCGCUCAGCAGUGUGC